CAAGCAGCCCGGGCGCGUUUGCGACAGGCGGCGGUGGAACGUGGGGCCUGGACCGGCUCGCUUUUCCCCGGGUGGGCGUGGGGCGCGCGGUUCUCAGCUCCGACUCCUGUCGUUCCUCACCGCGAUCCCCGACUCCUGAUCACGGUGGGCUGGUCGGUGGCGAGGGGGGGCCGGGCGGCCUCUGGCCCGCCCCGCGAGGUGACCUUGUUCGAGUCCCCUGUCGCGCUGCGCCGCGGCGCGCGUUGUUGGCGUCGGCCUGUUAGGGACCCGGCUGUGGGGCGAUUGAGGACACGCCACCAGCUGCCCCGUAGCAGGGGAAGUGCCGGGCCGCCGGGAGCUGUGGGGCGGGAGGGAUGCCCCUCCAUGUGAAAUGGCCUUUCCCCGCCGUGCCGCCGGUCGCCUGGACCCUGGCCAGCAGCGUCGUCAUGGGCCUGGUGGGCACCUACAGCUGCUUCUGGACCAAGUGCAUGAACCGCCUCACCGUCCACAACAAGGAAGUGCUGUAUGAGCUCAUCGAGAACCGCGGCCCAGCCACGCCCCUCAUCACGGUCUCCAAUCACCAGUCCUGCAUGGAUGACCCUCAUCUCUGGGGCCUGUGGAACCUGUUUUCUAAAUCGUGGAAGGUCCCACAGAGUCUUGGAGUCUUGGGAACAAAUCCGAGGACCCGUCAAGGAAACUCUGGGUUAGGGGCUGAGAGAUCCGAGAGACCUGUAUCCUGGUUCCAGGUUUGCCCCAGGCUGGGGAUCCUGAAACUCCGCCACAUCUGGAACCUGAAGUUGAUGCGUUGGACCCCCGCAGCUGCAGACAUCUGUUUCACCAAGGAGCUGCAUUCUCACUUUUUCAGCCUGGGCAAGUGCGUGCCUGUUUGCCGAGGAGACGGUGUUUACCAGAAGGGAAUGGACUUCAUUUUGGAGAAGCUCAACCACGGGGAUUGGGUGCACAUCUUCCCAGAAGGAAAAGUGAACAUGAGCUCCGAGUUCCUGCGCUUCAAGUGGGGAAUCGGGCGCCUGAUCGCCGAGUGUCAUCUCGACCCCAUCAUCCUGCCGCUGUGGCAUGUGGGAAUGAAUGAUGUCCUUCCUAACAAACCGCCAUAUGUUCCCCGCAUCGGACAGAAAAUCACUGUGCUGAUAGGCAAGCCCUUCAGCGUCCUGCCUGUGCUCGAGCGGCUCCGUGCGGAGAAUAAAUCCACGGUGGAGAUGCGCAAAACCCUGACCGACUUCAUCCAGCAGGAAUUCCAGGGCCUGAAGACCCAGGCGGAGCAGCUCCACAACCACCUGCAGCCUGACAGAUAGGCCCUGCCCUGCGCAGACCCUGCACGGCUGCCUCGUGGUCCUGUGAGGCCCCUGAGGCCUGGGGAAGAGGCAGCCCCGGGACCUGGUCCCCAGCUACCAGGUUCCCUGUGCUGCCUUGGGUUCUCGCCCCUGCACAUGGCUGGGCUGGGCGGGACUGAUGCUUUGAGCUCAGAUGGAGUUUUUAGACAGAGUCUUCAUCACCCUUAAAGGGUGCCCUCCCCUAGUUAAUGAGCAUUCCAGCUCAUCUGUGGUUUUGCAGUUGAAAAGGGUCACUUGGCCACCAAGGGAGGGAAAAAUGUAGGCAGUGGCCUCCUUCCUGCCUCCAUGUGUCCUCUCCCAGGGCUGGUGUCUGGAGGGAGAGCAGUUGAAGGGGGGAUGGGUGACUAGACGGGCUUAGGGAGGGGCCCACAAGGCCAUUGGCCUCGAGUUGCUCACCACCUCAUCAGGGACGGUCUUUGGCCAGUGCUUCCUUCUGCCCAGGCUUCCAAUAGGCCUGGGAGCCUUGGGCAGCCACCCCCACCCCCCACCCCCCACUGUAGGCAGGAGAGCAGCCCUUUGCCACAAGUGGGGCCUGCAGCAAGGGCCUCAGACCUGGCCAGUCGUCCCAUGCUGGGGCCCACCAACCCCUUCCUUUCUGUGUCCCUGACAUCACUCAAGCCCCCUGAGGCUGGGUUUCUAUGUUUUAUAAAGAAUAAAGUAUCUGUGUCGUGCUGUUUUA